AUGGAGGUAAUAAAGAGGCACCCCAAAGCCAUCGCGCUAGGUGCUCUGGCCGUGUAUCUACUGGCUCGUUACCAGGUUUUUCCAUUCUCUUUGCUCUCUGCAUCAAAGCGCAAGGAAUCUCGUGAAAUUCCAGAAGAAUUUGAUUAUGUUGUCGUUGGAGGAGGUUCUAGCGGUGCAGCACUCGCAGCACGUCUCGCUGAAGAUCCAAAUGCUACUGUUUGUUUACUUGAAGCUGGUGCAGACCAUGCUAACAUGAUGAAGGUCAACGUUCCUGGAUUAAAUCUGGCCUGCUGGGAAGGCGAUAUUGAUUGGACAUUCUUCACCACCAAACAAGUCAACCAACGUUCUCGAAUCUCUUUUUGGCCUCGUGGCAAGGUGCUAGGAGGGUGCAGCUCAAUUAAUGCGAUGAUUUGGGUUCGUGCUUCGAAUGAGGAUUGGGAUGAGUACGAACGUGAUUUGGGUCUGACUGGAUGGUCCUGGAAGCAUAUGGAUACAGUGUACAAACGAAUGGAAGGCUAUACCAUUCCAAAAGACCAACUCGAAGACGGUCAUGGAUUCUCGGGUCCUAUGAAGAUUACUCGCACUGGCAAUGGUAAACUAAUACCCGUGUCCUCAGAUUUCCUGAAGGCCUGUGCUGAACGAGGUGUUGGACAAAACAAACUGGGUACAUGCGGAUGGCCAGAAGGGCAACCAAAAGAUGCAUUACAGUUCUCAAAGUAUGGAGCCGACUACAACUCUGAGAAACAAUUUGGAGCUGGUAUAGUGCACACAAACAUAUACAACGGCCAGCGAUGGACUACCGGGAAAGCAUACAUUCACCCCAUCAUUGAUGAGAACCUUCCAACAUACCGACCCAACUUUUACUUGCUAUCCAGCCAACAAGUUACAAGAGUUAUAUUGGAGCCUUCUACGCAUAAAAGCUAUAAAGCAGUGGGUGUCGCAUAUGCUGAAUCACCAAUGUCACCCGAAAAGACUAUACGUGCUCGACGAGAAGUCAUUCUGUCUGCUGGCGCCGUUGGAAGUCCUCAUUUGCUCAAUUUGAGUGGUAUUGGAGAUAAGAAGGAGCUUGAAAGUGUUGGAAUUGAGUGUUUGGUGGACUUACCUGGCGUUGGAAAGCGUUUACAAGACCACUUGUUUGCUCCAGUCGUGUAUCAUUGCAAGAAGGGUCACAUUGGUCGAAAUCUUUUCUUUGUCCUGAACACCUUAUGGGAUUAUGUAAUGAACAAGUCAGGAUUCUUUACGUCUUCUGGUAUGCAAGUAACUGGCUUCUUCUCAAGCGAGAAAUACUUGGAACGUGUCGAAAAGACUCUGCCACACAGUUUCAGGUCUCGUCCACCUCCACCGAAUCUGCAACUUCACUUUGCUCCUGCAUCAGGGGCCCCCUUCUUCCAAGCAACCGCUCGGUUUGAUACUCUAACUUUUGGACCCAUACUUCCAUUGACAAAUGGAGAAGUGUUUGACGAACAAGCUCAUCGAGUAAAAAGUAUCAGUACCAACAAGAAGCUAUUGGUCGCCAAUGCUGUAUCCGUAUUCCCUACUUUGCUCAAACCAGCUUCUCUUGGAACUGUGACUAUUAAGUCAAAGAGUCCUUGGGAUGCGCCUGAAAUCGACCCAAAAUACUUUUCGAAUGAGCAAGAUCUCGAGGACAUGGCUGAUGGCAUGAUUGAGGCUCGCCGAAUCAUGAAAAUCAUGCAAAAGAGCGAUUCAAAAACUUCAAAGAUCGGAGCUGAAGUAAUUGAUGAGUCAAUCGUCGAUGAAGUUCAACGAGUCACGAAACUGGAUCGUGAAGGUGCUAUUGCGUCUCGAGAAUACGUGAAGGAAUACCUUCGUCGAAAUGCUAUUACUGUUUAUCAUCCAACAUCAACUUGCUCUAUGGCUGUUGAAUCGGAUCCAUUAGGUGUCGUUGACAACCAUUGUCGUGUAAGGAAUGUAUUGGGCCUACGAGUAGUUGAUGCUUCGAUAUUGCCUCGAAUUUCAGCUGGCAAUACUAAUGCUCCUGCCAUUGCUGUGGGCGAACGUGCUGCUGAAAUCAUUAGAGCUGAAUAUGGUAGAAAGUAA